GGUCUAAGAUAAAAGUAUCAAUACUCGCCCCUUUUCGUCCCUGUUUCUUCCAGUGCUGAGCUCUGCUCCUCCUGCUGGCGAUUUUCUUCGUGGCUGCAGCGGCAACGGUCCGUGAUUCGGGUGAUUGUUUUUAUUUCAGACCUUUUGCAGGGGCUGCCUGAGUUUUUAUUUAACCUGGAGGACCUGUCCUAGCUUAGUGUGUGUGUGUUAACAGCAGCACAGCAUUUGCCACCAUCUGUCAAAAGAUACUAAUAUGCCUUAAGACUGUGAUCAGCAUGUGAUGCCCAUAACCCAAACUUACUAAAGACUGGUCUAUUCAACUCAUUCUUUAUUGAGCUCCCCCUAGUGGUGGCUGCAGGCAGAGUAAAUUUUAACAGCCACAACUAUGGCUGUAAGGCAAAUGAGGGGGUGACCAAGUAAUACCAUGCGGAAUCUUAUGGUGAAUGUUGUCUGACAGAGAGAAGAAGAAACACUUUUUUGGACAGAAAAAUGUCUUCUCCACAAGUGGGACACCUGUGACGACUAUGGUGGCAUCUCCAGAAUUUCCAUGGUCAGCCGGAUAUUAGGAUGUGUAAUGAUCACAGACACAAUCUGCAAUGUCCGCCAUCAUGGUAGACACCGAUGGAGAUUUCUGCUCGGUAACUCCCUUGGAGGACGAUGACCUAGGGAGCCCAUUGUCCGGGGAAUUCCUCACGGACAUGGUGGAUAUCCAGGACAUCACCCAGUGCAUCGACGAAAAUGGGUCCACCUCGUUCAGCACUGCCGAGUACACAUAUCUGGGGAACAGUCCUGGCUCAAACGGAUCAAUCAGCACAGAUAUAACAGACACCCUGUCACCAGCAUCCAGUCCGUCCUCUAUCACCUUCCCCACUCCUGCUAGUGGCACAGAAGAUCAGUCCAGCAAACAGCUGACCCUCGAGUGCCGGGUCUGUGGGGACAAGGCAUCAGGAUUCCAUUAUGGAGUUCACGCAUGUGAAGGCUGCAAGGGCUUUUUUAGAAGAACAAUUCGCCUGAAGCUGGUGUAUGACAGAUGUGAACGGGUUUGUAAAAUCCAGAAGAAGAACCGGAACAAGUGCCAAUAUUGCCGGUUCGAAAAGUGCCUUAGUGUUGGAAUGUCUCAUAAUGCAAUUCGUUUUGGGAGAAUGCCCCGUUCUGAGAAAGCGAAGCUCACCGCUGAAAUCCUCACGUGUGAACAAGACGUCAAGGACUCACAAAUGGCCGACCUUCUGUCUCUGGCUAAAGUGAUCUACGAGGCUUACCAGAAAAACUUCACUAUGAACAAAGUAAAAGCUAGAUCAAUUCUCACCGGGAAAGGCAGCAACUCCGUACGUUUCCUUCAAGGACUGAAUUUUGGGCCUUUUGUAAUACACGAUAUGGAAACAUUAUGCAUGGCAGAAAAGACAUUAGUAGCCAAGCUUGUGGCCAACGGUAUACAGAACAAGGAGGCCGAGGUGCGCAUCUUCCAUUGCUGCCAGUACACGUCAGUGGAAGCUGUAACUGAACUUACGGAAUUUGCCAAAUCCAUACCUGGAUUUAUCGAACUGGACCUGAAUGAUCAAGUGACCCUGCUAAAAUAUGGAGUCUAUGAAGCCCUGUUUGCCAUGCUGGCUUCUGUAAUGAACAAAGAUGGGAUGUUGGUGGCCUAUGGGAAUGGUUUUAUCACCAGGGAGUUUUUGAAGAGCCUAAGGAAGCCAAUAGGUGACAUGAUGGAACCGAAAUUUGAAUUUGCCAUGAAGUUCAACGCUUUGGAAUUGGAUGAUAGUGAUAUAUCUCUCUUUGUUGCUGCCCUCAUUUGCUGUGGAGACCGUCCAGGACUGGUGAAUGUACCAAGUAUAGAGAAAAUGCAAGAAAACAUUGUGCACGUUCUGAAGCUUCAUCUGCAGUCUAACCACCCGGACGACAGCUUCCUCUUCCCCAAGCUCUUACAGAAAAUGGCUGACUUAAGGCAGCUUGUGACAGAGCACGCCCUUCUAGUCCAGACCAUUAAAAAGGCUGAAACCGAUGCGUCGCUCCAUCCAUUACUGCAAGAGAUUUACAGGGACAUGUACUGAGGACUCGUAGUAGUGUUUUCAGGGUGUACUCUUCCUGUUUUAAUGGGAGCAAGGCAUUAUACAUAGAUAUUCCCAACCUUCAGAAAUGAGUUUGUUUUAAAGCUUCCGUGCCUUCCACCUCAAAUGUUUCCGCCAUAGAGCGUUGACACUACACCUUUCCAUCAUCAGUCUUCCUUGUUAUAUUUACGAAAUGAGGAACAUUUUUUUUUAUUUUUUUGCAAUCAAACAAAUGUUAAGAUAAUCUAGCAAUACUUACAAACCUCAGGUUAGCAUCUCAAGGACAGAGAUUACAUCCUCUAUAGACAUGGUACAAUGCCACAAUCCUCUUUCUUUAAGCCAAGAAGAUAUGAGACCCGGGCAGAAAGUACAUAGUAAAUUAUUUGAUUUUUUGAUAUUUUCAUUGAAUUGUUGAAGCUUGCAGUAUCAAUUACAUAACCAACUUUGCAGAUCUAUUAUUGGUACUCACUGCCAUCCCUUGAAUGGGUUAAAAUAUGCCACAUCUAGUGACCACCUGGACUGGAUCACUUUGGAUUUGAACAAAUGGGUAUCUACGGUCACCAUAGCCUUAAAGUGGAGAAAGUGGCACCCGGAUACCAUGGAACAGCCCACAGUCUCCAGGAUUAACACACUGUCGUAUAUAACUCCCCUAUGGGAGUCAGAUUUAAGAUAUUUUUAGGCUUCCUAACUCAAGAAGAAAUCUAUAUUCUUUACAAAAUUUAUGGUAGAUACCUAAAUACAGAUGGUUUAUGGAAUAUAUUUGUAAGGUACUUUUUGUGUUGGUAAAGUAAACCAGAUUUUUUUUAACAGGAUACACUACAACCCUACAGGAGAAGACGCCAACUAAGUGAUAUCAAGUGAUAUACAGUGAUACUGGGUACUGGUUAGUGGACGUUUCGAUUUUUGGGGGAAUGAUUUAGGAAUUCCAGAUAUAUUUUUUUUUCAAUUUUUUUUUUAUUAUAUAUUCUUUUUUUUUUUUACCUGGUGAAAUUAUCUAGAAAUAACUUCAGUUUUAAUAGUGGGCUGAUUUAACAUCUGGGGGUUAUUUAGGCUUUUUAACAAUGACAGUAAUUAUUGGAAUUUCUAUAAAGGAGUGUUGACAUUUUUAUAAAAUAGAACUAAUGGCCGAGUGAAUUCCGAAUAUUCAUAAAAAAAUGCACUGUUCAUAAUUUAGUUCUUACAUUUUGUUUCCUCUCAGGGAUAUUUGCAUUUGCUUCCUUAUAUAAGUUAAACUAGCACCUUUUUUCUUUUCCGUGUUUUCAUGAUUUAUUUUUUCCCUUUUACAUAAGGCAGCAAUAUUAUUACUUAUGUUCAUAGAUGGUCAAUAUACUUAACAUUUUUCAAUCAAAUAUUAAAAUGUAAAUUAUUCCCCAUGCCUGGUACGUGAUAAUAUAUGAACAACUACAUGUAAA